AUGCAGGAUCACAUGUCAAACAAGACACUGAAGAAGAUCAGUAACGUUCGUGUACCGGAUAAGCCGUCAUCAACACGCUGGGACAUCGCAAUCAAAGACGGAAAAAUAGUGUCCGUAGACAACCAUGACAACUGCGUGGACGAUAACAACGAGAACACAUUAGAUGGAGGUAACCGCCUUAUAGCGCCGUCGCUAUGCCAUGCCCACAUCCAUCUCGAUAAAUGCUUCCUCCUCCAAGACCCUAAAUUCAGCGACCUACAGAUCGAGAGUGGCGACUUCAAGGAGGCUAUGGACAUGACAGGCGAGGCAAAGUCAAGGUUUGAGGAAGAUGACCUGCUAAGGAGGGGCACACGCCUCAUUGAAGAGAGUAUUCAACAUGGUGUGACCGCUAUGCGAGCCUUUGUAGAAGUGGACGGGGUAGUAAAGAUGAAAUGCUUGGAUGCGGGUCUCAAAUUGAAAGAGAUCUUCAAGGAUCGGUGUGACGUGCAAAUCUGCGCCUUCGCCCAGCUCCCGCUUUUUUCCGGUCAGGAUGGAGGCGACGAGGUACGGAAGCUGAUGACCGAGUCUGCCUCGUUUGAGACUGUGGAUGUGCUCGGAAGUACGCCAUAUGUUGAGGACGACGAGCAAAAGUCCAUGGACAAUGCUAAAUGGAUUACGCAACUAGCUCUAAAGCAUCAGAAGCAUCUGGACCUCCAUCUUGACUACUUUUUGGAAGAAGACAAGAGGCCACUGGUCUGGAGUACUUUGGACAUGAUCAAAGAGCUCGAUUGGGACAGAAAGGGGGGAAGCAGACAAAUCACGUUAGGGCACUGCACAAGAUUGACAAGAUUUCGGAAUGAUGAGUGGACGCACCUGAGACAAGAAGUAGGCAGCCUGCCCAUAUCUUUCGUAGGCCUGCCAACUUCCGACCUCUUCAUGAUGCGAACACCGGAGAAUGCGCGUGGAACCUUACCAGUAGUUGAACUCAUCAACGAGUACGGGUUCAAUGCUGCGAUUGCUGUGAACAACGUGGGCAACGCGUUUACGCCGUAUGGAAACUGUGACCCUCUGACCAUCGCAUCUCUGGGUGUUGGUCUAUAUCAGGCUGGAACAAAGAAAGAUGCCGAACUCCUAUAUGAAACCGUAUCGACGCGGGCAAAAGCCGCUAUUGGCUGUGAUUCGACGUCUCUCGCCCUGGAGCCUGGUCAACCUGCCGACUUUGUAAUGUUCGACCGAAUGGACAGCGGCUGGCAUUGCAGGAAGAGCGUGGUAGAGGUGGUAUAUGAUGCCGGACAUACCCGCCAAACGAUCUUCAAAGGCCGGUUGAUAGCCUCGAAGGAUCGCUGA